UGGGCUCUGUAAAUUAGCAGCAUCUCGGUUUACGAGAAUAUUAAACGCAUGUAAUUAAAACGUUCACACGUCCGUUUAAACGUGUACUCGAAUUAAUAUUCGAAUAUUAUAAGAAUCGACCGAACGAUAUCGUGUAAGGAUAUUUCCAUAGCUGUUCCAGGCUGUUAUCGUUGAUAAAGUUUAACACGUAACGGAUUAACAUGUACGUGGAAAGAAAGAUCGGCCGUUGAACGAUGUAAUUACGGAUUAAGCACGAGCUUAGGUGUACUCAUGCGGACAACACAACAAUCUUAUUGUUUAAAAAGAUACCGAUAUACAUAUGUAUUAUCUAUGCAGAUGGCAUUUUGUAGAUACGUUUGCCAACGAAAGUGCUAGACUAAUUAAGCUUACGUAUGUACAGUGGCCCGCGGAGAUACUCGAACAUACUUAACAAAUUUUUAUUUAUACAGAGUGCGACGGAAUAACAUGUACAGGCGGACUUAUACUUUAAGACGAUACUUUACGUAAAAAUAAGAGGAAAAUAUAGAGUAACAUUUCUUCAGCCGGGACUUAAUUUUCCAGGAAGUCGAAUUUGAAUUGUUCAAGUAAUACUAUAUAACGUUUUAUUAAAUAGAAAAUUUAUAUAGUACAAGAUAACUAUUUUAUAUGUAACAUAAUAAUUUGAAGUAUUAACGAACAGCGCUCUAUUCUCUUGUACAUCUCAAACAGGAAUAAUUUUCUUUUAAUGCACAUUCAUUCAUCGAACACAUACUCUUUCGUUCCUCUCUCGUACGAUACAGAUGUGCACACAUUUAUUUUCUAACAUGAAUAUUUAUCGAUUAUAGUAAAUAACCAGCGAGAGGUUGUUCUAUGUGCGAAAAUCAGUUGAAAAUUUAUCAUACACGUGUAUUAGGCUGAUUCUCCAUUGAACGCGUACAAACUCUGUUUUCUUGAAAGCGAAGUCUUAAAGGGAACAAAUUUGUUCCACAUUUUUUACUUCACCGAUGGUAUCCCCUUAGAGGUAGACGUCCAAAUGUUAUUUAGCAAUAAAGAUAGAAAAAUUUACCAAAUGUCCAGCUGGUCAAAUUGUAAAGUACAAAUUAAAUAAAAAAAAGAGACAUUUUUUAUUUAUUUUGGCAAGUAGAAUUAAUGUUUUCUGAUUGUUGGCUCAUACCUAAGUGGUAAUUACCCAAGUUCACGUGUAAUUGACGAAUCUUUUCACUCUGUUUUCUUGUAAACUAAGCAUCCAACAAACAAAUUUGUACAUUCUAUUCUGUAUUCUCUUCUUAUUUUCUCAUUAUGCACGUUUGUACAUGUUAUUCGGCCGCACCCUGCGUAUUAUACGAAACAUUUUAACAUCUCAUUAACACUGUGAGUCUUGUCUACACUGACAGACAAUCGUCCGCAGACAAUCCGCAUCUGUUUUUCGUGGAAAAUUCGCAGACAAAAUUCAAGUCCAGAGACAGGCAGCGGAUAAAAGUGCCUAGUACACACACGCUGUCUGACAAAUGUUGGAAGAACGUGCAAACGCAUGCAACACACAGCUUAGUUUAAUCGUCCUUUCGCUAACAAGCUUCUUUUAUUUUACUGAGACAAGUUUCUCUUUCUUCUUGCGCAAAUUAAAAAAUACCCCAUAUACCCUAUGAACAACGAUAGUAACAUUGUUCAAAGACAUGGCUAGAGACACUAAUUACAUUUCUUUUUUUUUUUUAUUUAAUUUGUACUUUCCAAUUUGUCCAGCUGGACAUUUUUGCUAAAUUUUUCUAACGUUAUUGCUAAACAACACCAGGAUACCUUCUUCGAGUUUGUCUAUUUUAUUUCUUUAAUGAGGUCAGUGAGAUGUUUUCUUUUUAGUCUCCGUUUUAUAUGGCUUUGCUUUGCAUGUGUUGCCAUUCUUUUCUUGUAUUUUUCUGCGUAUCUGUUGAUUUCUUCUUUGACCAUUGUAUUAUAUUAUAUAUUACAUAAUAAUUAUAUUAAUUACAUAUGGACGUUAGAGACUCGGGCAUGGGAGAAGUCGAUCAGUGUUGGGCCGAUCCAAGAUCACGAGUACACUGCUAUGCUAGAAACUAGUAGACAAACGAUAUUGUUUACAUAUAAUCCACGUAUAUUGUCCGCCGAUAGCCACCAAGAUAUGUGCAAACAAUGUCGUUUGUACACUGAUCGGUUAUUCUGGUAUUCCUCGGUAUGGACGAGUUGAGGAUCUGUUGGAGAUGGAACGGUUCCUCCCACUCAAACACGAAGGAGAUUUCAAGCUUUUGAAAUGCUGACUUUUGAAGGAUAAGCACAUACGCCCACUUGUGGCGUGGAAUAUCAUCUAAAUAUAAAUAAUUAACGUUAUAACGACGAGGAGAUUUUCUCCUUGUUGAUAUUUACAGAAGCCCAGAAUUUAAUCAUUUUGAUCGUGUUUUACGAUCUUUCGAAUUUUUCCAAAAAUUUCUAUACCGAUACUUUACCGACAUAAAUAUCAACGUAAAUAAUACGCUAAUAACAUUUUGCAGGAAAUGUGACGAUAGAUCGUAUUAACACUUUACCGACCGCUAGCGAUUCAACAGCAUACGCACGUCCGACCGGCAGCUCAGGCGCGGAUUCUCCCUGGCGCCGGCUCUGUUUCGGUUUAGACUCUCCAAUGUCAUUCUUUUCGUUCAUCGCGAACGUCUCGUUUCAGAAUGAUCGACAACCGCGACGCCGUCUUUCGUAAAAUUCGUGAUAAAAAAAGUUUGAUGGACAACGAAACUUCCUUGCACGAUAUAUCUCUAAACGAGGAGUACAUUCUUGACAGGACCGAUGUCAGAGUAAUUUUUAUUACGCUCUAUUCCAUUGUCUUCGUUUUCUGCUUUAUCGGUAACUCGAUGGUGAUUUUUGUGGUAACAUUUUCACGACGAUUACGGAGUAUUACCAAUUUCUUUUUGGCGAACCUGGCAGUAGCCGAUUUCUGCGUCGGUAUCUUUUGCGUGUAUCAAACGUUGACAAAUUACCUAAUGAACAGUUGGCGACUCGGCGAUUUUCUCUGCAAAGUAUACAUGUUCGUCCACGCGCUUUCCUACACAGCCAGCGUAUUAAUCCUAAUGGUGGUUUGCAUUGAACGAUACUUGGCUAUCGUUUACCCGAUUAAGUGCAGGUCGGUGCUGACAAGAAGCCGACUACAGCUGGUAAUAGGAAUAGUUUGGAUGGUUGCCGCGAUUUAUGCUUUGCCGAGAUUCUUCUAUGUUGAGACCAUGCAAAAUCGUUUAAUCACCGGCGACGUGGACAUCAUUUGCAUUGCCAAUAUCCAGAAGCACAACAAAACUUUAUUGGACGCCGUAAAUCUCGUUUUUCUUUACUUACUUCCGCUACUUCUGAUGUGCUGCCUUUACGCGAGAAUCGCUGUCGGGUUAUGGAGAAGCGGCACUACCCUCGGAGGACCGGGUUUGGCGACUAAAAGCAAAAAUGAUAGCCUCCAUCGUGUUCACAGUUCCGGUAGGAAUGUGCUUCGCGCCAGACGCGGUGUAAUAAGAAUGCUAAUCGCAGUGGUGAUGAUGUUCGCCGUAUGCAAUCUGCCGCAACAAGCACGGAUCGCCUGGCGCCACUGGAGCUCGAGUUAUGAUCGAUCAUCGAACUUCAGCACUCUCCUAACGUUAUCCACUUUUUUAAUUUCCUACACAAACUCUUGUCUGAAUCCUUUUCUAUAUGCUUUCUUCUCGCGAAACUUUCAAAAAGGAAUAAGAGAACUUCUGAACUGCGGAAAGACAAGAAAUCGAAGCAGCGUUUUGGUCAUGGGACGUACCGCAAGAGAAACAGCAACGCGACAAGAAAACGACGAAGGGAACGUAAAUGAUUUUCAGCGAAGUUUACUGGUCUGUCUUAAUUCUGAUCGAGACAGCUCUGUCGCAGUACCACCGAGUACAGAGCAAACCAUUUACGAAAAAUCCAGUUACUAAUUAGUUUUAUUAGUUCGAGAUUAGGCUAUUAAGAGUAUCUUUUUUAAGCAGAGUCCGACGCAACUGAAACGAAGAUUUUUCUGUCGCUAAUUCGAAACGAAAUCGAUCCUAUUCGGGUACGUUCAUGCUCUUUCUCGUUGUAUAUAUAUAUAUAUAUAUAUAUAUUGGCUGUUCGGCUACUUAUUUUACAUAAUUUAAAAGGUGCGUCUUGACGUUGAAAUAAGACGAAAAUCAAGAAAAAAAAAUUGCGCUUUCGGCUUUGUUUUUUAAUUAUUGACAAUUACACUGUUUGUAUUAACAACUUCCUUCGUUCUCUUUUUACUCUUAAUACGAGGGACGAUAAUAACGUCGUGAUUUCACAUGAAAUAGGAAUACAAACAUACGGAAAAAUACAUCAUAGUUUUCAUAUUAUUUUUCAGAAGAUCGAUAAAAGAUCAGAAGGCAACGAAUCAUAAAGAAAAAUUUAUAGUUUACAGCUUGUAAAUUAGUAAACUACUGUGCAAGAGAAUUCAGACGUAAUGUAAUAUCUUUGCAGAGUUGAUCGACAAUUUUCAGAAUAUUGAAUCAAUACUGAUUCACGGUUGCCGAGUUUUCCGAUUACACGGAAUUUGCAUUAAUCUAACUCGUAUUUGACAUUUGGCAUCGGCACGUGUGGUUUUAGCAGACAGACAUAUGGAUCUUUACGAGAUCAUACAUAUUCGACGAGAAUAGGAGAAAAAAGAGAUGAAAAUUUCAUUGAAAUAUGAGGUUCGUUAAUUUCUAUUAACCUCUGUUUGUUACAUCGACUGUUGGUAAUAGAAAUGAAACAAAGUAAAAAAUAAAAUCAACGAAUGAAUAUCAGAAGCAAAAUAUGAUAAGUAUAUUUUUAUUAAUACUCUGAUUUUAAUAUUAUUUCAUGAAUGUCGAGGAUUAUUAACGUAAUGAAUAAUUAAAUGUCUAAAUACUUUUACAGUCUCUGUGUAAUACUUGCACUAAAUGUCUUAUAACUUCUACAUAUAUUUUCAGAUUUGUUUCAAACUUUACUAUCAUCUAUCGUGAUAGUCGGCCUCAUAACAGUACUAAUGACCUUUCAAAAUGUUUCACGCAACACAUAUAAUAUAAUCAUAAAGUAAAUCUAUAAGUGAAUACUUUCAUAAAUAACUGUAGUCACAUUUUGUUAUUGUCCGAACACUUUUGGAAGUAAUUAAAUAUAUGUAUCAUAUGCAAUACGAUUUCUUUCUCGUUUAAAUUAUCAUCGUUCUUCCGCUCUCGUCUCUUUGCCUGUUUCUGUCGAAUCAUGUGAGCGUUAUCUGCAUUUUUUCUUUCCUACGCUGUUUUGUUUUCCGCGUUAUCUCGUCGGGGUCUCGAGUUCGCAGCCAAGUAACCGGUUAACUCCGGUCCAUCGACUUCUCCGUACAGCUUUAACGUUUUAUCGGAUAAUGGGAAAUCCUCUUUCAAUAAAGAUACCUUUCAGCUUUGUUCUCAUCCAUUGAUGGUCGUGAGAUUAAGAAAUAAUCUUAAGACAAAUUAUUUACUAGAUUGCAUAUCUGUAUGCAAAUUCAUAUUUUCGGGCAUAUAAUUAAAAGCGUAGAACCUCGGUAAAAAUUUGUUUUACCUGCCAAGUAUUAUAGAAAGCUAUGUAUAUAUAUAUUUUGAAUAUUUUAUAUAUUCUUUCAUAUUACGUGUAUUCUGCGUGAUUUUCUGCCUGAAAAUGUCCUAUAAAUGCAGAAAAGUUUAAAUGCAGUUUCCUGAUUACAAAUUGUCACUUUAGUCUCCUGGCGCAUAAACUUUUUCUGUAUUGGCGAAGGUUGGUUGCGUUCGUGUAACCUACGAGUGUUCGAACAUCUUCGUAAACCAAUGUGUGUCUGUUCACAAUAGGUAUCUACAAGCUUUCAAAUUCUUUCAUGAUCAAAGUUCGGCAAAGUUGUAAACAGGACGUUACACCGCGUGGAUGCUCCGGGGCUGCAAUAUGCUCGAUUUAUCUGUCAAAGGAGACGAACAUAUCAAGAAAAAAUAAACGAGAGUUUAAACGGAUCCAGAGUUGGCGAUAGUAACGUAAUGAUUAUUGCAAAAUCAGACCCCCAGCAGGCAUUGCAUCACGUAGCAUUAGAUGACCCCGGAAUGGAAAAUAUAUUUUGCAGUCUGUAACCGUCGUGUAUCAUGCG